AAAAGGAAAGAAACGAAAAGCCAUGUGGGAUUAGAAUACGCAUUCAGAUCUGAGGCUAAAACCGAGCUCCUUGUCUGCUGUGUUUGUGGUCGUCAGGUGACGCUGGAGGAUCUUGAAGCUUAACAUCGACAACAGGGGAAACCCCGUGUUAAUUUUCAGGGUAAAAUUUGUGAAUCAAGUGAGAACUGAGCUUCAGAGGGAACUGAUUAGUUUCUUUAAUUGAUAGUUUCAAAGAUCUGCUAAAUGGGUAGAGAGAAGUUUCUGAAAUCUGCUUACUUUCAGUGCGGUGUUGUGAUUUGAGAAGCUUUUAAGCUUCAGAAGAAACCGAUAAUUUUGGUCAACAGAUGUGGGGCAAAGAUCUUCCAUCUGGAUAGACCCGACUUUUGGAUAUUUGUUUGAUCCCAGUGCAGUGUUUGUGAAAUUUAACACAUAGAUUUCUCUUUUGGAGGCCUUACGUGUAUUUAUUCAAUCCGGUGCAAUUGAAUUCUGUGAAGUUUGUUUAGUUAGUUUGAGAAUUUUGGUGUUUGAGUAAGAUAAUUGUGGAAGGGGUAAGAUGGGUGAGAAGUUUUGGGUGAAUGGAGAAGAUAGAGCCAUGGUGGAGUCAGUGCUGGGUACAGAAGCGUGUGAGUUCUUGAUCUCAUCGGCUUCUGAGAAUGUGUUGUCGGAUUUAGUUACCCCGCGCGAUGAAUUGGGUGUGCAGCAGGGCUUGUGCCAGCUUGUUGAAGGUUCCAAUUGGAAUUAUGCAAUUUUCUGGCGGGUUGUGAACUUGAAAUCUGGUAGGUCUGCCUUAAUUUGGGGCGACGGACACUGCCGAGGCCCAAAAGGCGGGGGAGCUGGAGUUGGGAAUAGAAGUGGGGAUGGCAGUUUUGAGGGAAUUGAGAAGAAAGAGGAGGUGAAGAAGCAGGUGCUCCAGAAGCUUCAUGCGUCUUUUGGUAGGUCGGAUGAGGAUAACUUUGCAACAAGGCUAGAUGGGGUCUUGGAUGUUGAGAUGUUUUACCUCACCUCAAUGUACUUUCCCUUUCAGUGUGAUUCAUCAGGUGGCCUUGGGGAGUCAUAUGCGUCAGGUAAAUCAAUUUGGGCUUCAGAUGUGCCUAGUUGCUUGCAUCAUUAUAAACAGAGGUCAUUCCUUGCGAGGCCAGCUGGGUUCCAAACUGUGGUGUUUGUACCUGUGAAAUCUGGAGUUGUUGAGUUUGGUUCUACCAAAUCAAUUCCUGAAGAACAGAAUAUUUUGGAUAUGGUUACAACUAUAUUUGGGGAAUCUAACUCUGUACAGUCAAAGGUGUUUCCAAGGAUUUUUGGACGUGAACUUAGUCUAGGCGGUACAAAAUCCUGCUCAGUCAAUAUAAACUUUUCCCCUAAGGUGGAAGAUGAUUCAGCUUUUGCUUCAGAUACUUUUGAAGUACAAACAAUAGGUACCAGUCAUGUUUAUGGAAAUUCUUCUAAUGGAUGUCGAAGUGAUGAUAAUGAAGCAAAACUGCUUCCGCAGUUAAACCAAAUUGUUGUUGGGGGUUUUAAUGCACAAUCUAGAGUUUCUAGUUUGGAGCUGGCUAAGGAUGAAUCAUCACCUCAGCUUGAUGAGCGGAAACCGAGAAAGAGAGGGAGAAAGCCUGCCAAUGGGAGAGAAGAACCACUGAAUCAUGUGGAAGCAGAGCGGCAGAGGCGUGAGAAGCUUAACCAGAGGUUCUAUGCAUUAAGAGCUGUUGUUCCCAAUAUAUCUAAGAUGGACAAGGCCUCUCUGCUUGGUGAUGCCAUUACCUAUAUCACUGAUCUCCAGAUGAAGAUCAGGGUUUUGGAAACUGAAAAGGAGCUGGAGAAAACUAAUCAUAAGCAGUUCUCGGCACCAGAGAUUGAUUUUCAGGCAAGACAUGAGGAUUCAGUUGUGAGAAUGAGCUGCCCAUUGGAUGCUCACCCUGUUUCUGGAGUCAUCAAAGCGUUUAGAGAACAUCAAAUUGGAGCUCAAGAGGCUGAUGUUUCAAUGGACAAUGACAAAGUUAUUCAUACGUUUUCCAUUCGAACUCAAAGCGGUGCUGCAGAGCAGUUGAAGGCGGAGCUGGAGGCCGCCCUUUCGAAGUGAUCUGAGUCUCAAAUCUUGAGUUUGGGUUUAGGUGACCCGUGCAUCUCCUUUAAGAAAAAUGGAAUUUGUUAUUGCUGACCGACUUAUGAAUGUCUUUCUCUGCCAUCUUGCUUUGUAAAUUCAUGGAGACUCAUUCAUGGUGUGAUCUUUGUGCAUGAAGACCAUGGAUCAGGUGGAAUGUCUUCCUCUGCCAUUAACUUUACAUAGCUGAAUGAUCUUGUUUUGUAAAAUUCAUGGUGACUGAUUCAUGGUCUGAUCUUUGUGCGUGAAGACCAUGAAUCAGGUGGGCUGGGGAUUUAGGCAACAGUUUACCAUUAAAUAGUAAAUGUAAACUUAUUACGGCUCAACUAAGGAGAAAGGACAGCAGCCAUCAAAAAGUCGGUCCUAAGCAUUCUCUUGUAGCAAUUUGUUAUUUGGUUAAUCAUUUAUUUUUCUUUCCCCUA